AUGGGAGGGUUUUAUAACUGUUUGGUGAUGUUGAUACAGCUACUAUUGAUACCAGGGCUCGCCGUGGCAUCCACGUACCUAAAAGAUUCACAAACAUAUAUUGUCCACAUGGACCAUUCACUAAAACCGAGUCACUUUUCAAACCAUGAGUCGUGGCACCAGCACAUGGUAAGGUCCGUAUCAUCGGCUUGUCCAGAUGAUGAAGUGACAUUUUUGUACUCUUAUACUCAUGUUAUGAAUGGGUUCAGUGCAAUGCUCACACCAUGUCAAUUAGCUGAGCUUGAGAAGUCACCAGCUCAUCUAAGCACAUACGAAGAGUCGUUUGGAAAGAUGUUUACGACGCAUACACCAAAGUUUCUUGGACUUAACCAUGGUUCAGGCAUAUGGCCAAGUGCAUCUUAUGGGAAAGAUGUCAUUAUAGGAGUGAUUGAUACUGGAAUUUGGCCAGAAAGUGAGAGUUUUAAUGAUAAAGGAAUGCCGAAUGUACCAUUAAGAUGGAAGGGGAAGUGUGAAAACGGGACGGCAUUUAGUCCAUCUCUAUGCAACAACAAAUUGAUUGGGGCUAGAUCCUUCAGCAAAGGACUCCGGGCAGCAGGUCAUAAUGUCUCCACAAAGUAUGAUUUCGACUCGCCUAGAGAUUUUUUGGGACACGGCACACACACAUCAUCAACAGCAGCAGGUAAUUAUGUAUUUGGUGCGAGUCAUUUUGGUUAUGCAAAAGGUGUAGCGAGAGGUAUAGCACCUCGAGCAUAUUUAGCCAUGUACAAAGUUUUAUGGGCAUCAGAUACAGAUGAAUCUGCAGCUACUGACAUACUAGCUGGUAUGGAUCAAGCGGUUUCUGAUGGGGUCGAUAUAAUGUCUAUUUCUCUAGGUUUAGACCACACACCUUUUUAUAAGGAUGUAAUAGCCAUUGCAUCACUUUCUGCUAUAGAAAAUGGGAUUGUUGUUGUUUGUGCUGCUGGAAAUGAUGGACCGGGUGCAGCCACAAUAUACAACGGUGCACCUUGGAUCAUGACAGUAGGUGCAGGCACGAUCGACAGGAGUUACAUUGCCACACUAGAACUGGGAAAUGGGCUGACAUUGGAAGGAACCUCAUACUUCCCUGCUAGUGUUUCUAUUACUGAUAAACUUUUGUACUAUGGAAGUAAUGAUUCCAGAAGAGCCGGGUGUUCGGCUUUGGAUCAAAAAGAUGUGAAAGGAAAAGUAGUAUUAUGUGACAAUACUAACUUGGAUCUUAAUGGGCAAAUGUAUGCAGCUAGCAUGGCAGGUGCAUAUGGUGCGAUCUUCUUGUCAGAGUCCUUGUUUUUGGACCCAGAGGACUAUUCCAUUCCUGGCAUAUUGUUGCAUACUAAUUAUGCAACAGUACUAAAGGAAUACGUGAUGACGGGUAACAACUCCUUCGUAAAAAAGAUGAAAUUUGUGUCAACAAAAACAGGCACUGGGCCUGCACCACAAGUGGCUUAUUUCUCAUCAAGAGGACCUGAUCCAAUUAGUCCAAGCGUACUAAAGCCCGAUAUUCUUGCUCCGGGCGUGGAUGUGUUGGGUGCGGUUAGACCAGACGAGCCAUUCAUGGAAGUAGGAAACUAUUACUUAUUAACAGACUACGCUCUCUAUUCUGGCACAUCCAUGGCCGCACCACAUAUAGCAGGAGUUGCAGCACUGGUAAAGGCUGUCCAUCGUGAAUGGAGUCCAGCAGCCAUUCGGUCAGCUAUUAUGACAACAUCAAUUCAAACAGACAACACACGUAGAUCCAUUCAAGACCAACAAAAUGGACUAACAGCUACACCUCUAGAUUUUGGGGCAGGCCAUGUGAAUCCUAACCGAGCAAUGGACCCAGGGCUUGUCUAUGAUAUGGGCUCACAAGACUACAUUGAUUUCUUAUGUGGUCUUGGAUAUACCGCGAAGCAAAUGAUGACAGUCAUACGAAGAAGCCAAUGGACUUGUAGCAAAAACCAGACUGAUCUUAACUACCCUUCCUUUAUGGUAAAUAUCGCAAACCAAACCAUAUUUCCAUAUGAAAAGCAUUUCAAGAGGACGAUAACAAAUGUUGGAGAUUCUACCUCCACCUAUAGGGCUGUCUUAGAGGUUCCUGGUGCUAUGAUCAUAAAAGUUGAGCCUGACACUAUUCGAUUCGCUAGCAAAUAUCAAAAACAAGACUUUGUACUAAGUGUAAAAGUGGAUAAUCAUACUUCAAAAGUGACUUAUGGAUAUCUCAAAUGGAUAGACGAUAAUAACCACACGGUAUCCAGCCCAAUUGUAGUCAUCUGA